AUGGAAAUUGAAAAGACUGGAUAAGCUGCUGCUCCUACCAAUCUCAAUGAUUUAAGUGAGCAAGAUUUAUAUCAAAAAAUGAAAGAAUUAGAAAAGGAAUUAGAAUUCCUUGAUAUCUAAGAAGAAUUCAUUAAGGAUGAUUAAAAGAAGUUAAAGAGAGAGUUAGUUCGUUCAAAGGAAGAAUUAAAGAGAAUUCAAUCUACACCUCUUGUUAUUGGUCACUUCAUUGAAAUGAUUGAUGAAUUGCACGCAUUAGUUUCAUCAUCUGGUGGUUCUACAUACUAUGUUAGAGUUCUCUCUACUUUAGAUAGAGAAUUAUUGAAACCCUCAACAAGUAUUGCACUUCAUCGUCAUUCUCACUCUGUUGUAGAUAUCCUUCCAAGUGAAUCUGAUUCUUCAAUUUAAAUGAUGAAAGUUACUGAAAAACCCGAUGUUUCUUAUCAAGAUAUUGGUGGUUUAGAUCAAUAAAAGUAAGAAAUGAAAGAAGCAGUAGAACUUCCUUUAACAUAUCCUGAAUUGUAUCAAUAAAUUGGUAUCGACCCUCCAAGAGGUGUUUUAAUGUAUGGUCCUCCUGGUACUGGUAAAACUAUGAUGGCAAAAGCUGUUGCUCACCAUACUACAGCUGCUUUUAUUAGAGUAGUUGGUUCUGAAUUCGUAUAAAAAUAUCUUGGUGAAGGCCCUAGAAUGGUCAGAGAUGUCUUUAAACUUGCCAGAGAAAAUGCUCCUUCUAUUAUAUUUAUUGAUGAAGUCGAUGCUAUUGCUACCAAACGUUUUGAUGCUUAAACUGGUGCUGAUAGAGAAGUUUAAAGAGUUUUAAUUGAAAUGCUUAACUAAAUGGAUGGUUUCGAUCAAACUACAAAUGUCAAAGUUAUUAUGGCAACUAAUAGAUCAGAUACUCUUGAUCCUGCCCUUCUUCGUCCUGGUAGACUUGAUAGAAAGAUUGAAUUCCCUCUUCCUGAUAGAAGACAAAAGCGUCUUAUUUUCUAAACUGUUACAGCAAAGAUGAACUUAUCUGAAGAUGUUGAUCUUGAAGCAUAUGUUAGCAGACCCGAUAAAAUUUGUUGUGCUGAUAUAUCUGCAAUUUGUUAAGAAGCUGGUAUGCAAGCAGUUAGAAAGAACAGAUAUGUUGUUACAUAAAAAGAUUUCGAUAAGGCUUAUAAGAUAGUCAUUAGAAAAUCAGAAAGAGAAUUUAAUUUCUACAAGUGA